CACAUAUAUAUAUAGGACCAAAAACACAUUACAUAGCAUUAAAUUUCUUUGCUCCUAAACCCCUUUCCCUGCAACUCUCUCUCUCUCUUAAAGCUUAUUCUGCUUCUUUUGGCUCUUGAACUUGGUGUUUUUUUUUCCCCUUCAUAACACACGUUAAAAAAAAAAGAGAGAAAAAAGAAAUGGGUGUUUUGGACAAAUUGUCUGACUAUUUCACCAUUGAUAGGCCCAGAAAGAAACGAAAAGCAAUGCAGACAGUUGAAAUUAAGGUGAAAAUGGACUGUGAUGGUUGUGAAAGGAGAGUUAGGAAUGCUGUAACUUCCAUGAGAGGUGCAAAAUCAGUGGACGUGAACAGAAAGCAAAGCCGGGUGACCGUGACGGGUUAUGUGGAGCCAAACAAGGUGUUAAAGAAAGUGAAGAGCACAGGAAAGAGGGCUGAGUUUUGGCCCUACGUGCCCUACAACUUGGUGGCUUAUCCUUACGUGGCACAGGCAUACGACAAGAAAGCACCCUCUGGUUAUGUAAAGAAUGUCGUUCAGGCACUUCCAAGCCCAAAUGCCCCAGAUGAGAAGUUUACUUCUAUGUUUAGUGACGAAAAUCCAAAUGCAUGUUCCAUCAUGUAAAUAGAUAGAUAUAUGUUUUAUGUUUUGUGGUAAAAACUUGAUGGAUCAUAGAGAAAAUGAGUUUUUCACUAGGGUAUAGUAAGUCCUUGUAUUGUAUUGUAAUGAUCAAAUUCAUGGCAGUUUUGUAAGAUCGGAGGUUGGGAUUUCGAGAUAUGUAAUUAAUCUGUGUGUGCGAA